CAGUGAUGUUGUGUGAUCGUUCAAAUCCAUUUUUCCCAGCCAGGAGCAAUUUUUUUCCAGAGUUCCCAGUUUUUUUCGAAUACUCGGAUGUCGAACAUUUCCGACUUCCCACUGGAACGCAGCAUAUCAUUUGGAAAACGAAACUAACAGGAAACGGCCAGGGCCCAUUUGAAGAGCGCCUCAUGGAAUCAGUGUUGCCAACUAUUUUUAUGUGAGAAUCGUUAUUGGCUCUUUGAUUUGAAGCUAGAUUACGUUUAGUUUCGACAUCACACCACCAAUUUGGCUUGCUGCGGCACGACCGCUGGACGAAAAAGGUAUUCAAAUGAAUGCAAUCACUACUGUAACUCGCUCUGGAUAAAAGCGUCUGCUUCACAUAGGUGAAUUCACCAACACUGACCCGCAGAGAAGGACUAAACUGAUCAUUACUGUCAACCAGACAAGGACAACUGAAAUCCACAUAUUAAAACGUCUGAAUAUUGGGACAGGAAUCACAAGUUCAUAACAAGAGGACCAAUAGUAAGUCAUCCUGUAUGGAUCCCCCAAACAGAGGGGGGCAACAGAGAGGUAGAGGAGGAGCCAACCAUGUCGAUCACAGAAGAGGUGCUGAGGCUGGUCAGAAAGAAGAGGAAGGGAUAGCCAACCAAGGGAGAGGGGGAAGAGGUAGGGGGGCCAGGGAAGAGAUGAGAGGGGUUAAUGGGGGGAACCCGAGGGAGGAUAGGAGAGAGCGAGAUGACAGAGCAGGGAAGGGAAGAGGAAGAGCAGGGGAGGAUGCCAGGGGUAAGGGUGGUAGAGCGGGAGGAGGAGGAAGGGAGAUAGUGGGAGGCAGAGAAAAUAGAGGGGGAGGGAGAGGCAGAGGAGGAGAGAGAGGGGGUGGUAGAGGAAGGGGUGGUAGAGGAAGAGGGGGAGGGAGAGGAAGAUCUAUAGGCGGUGGCACCCCUCAGGUUCAUCCAAUUGAGUACAAAACCUUGGAGAAGCUAUCAGGGAAAGACCCUUCAGAGGUAGCCAUCACUCUGGCCUUGAGCGAUGGACUGGAAGCUCUCCUCGACAAGAGAGAGAUGCGACAGGACCUUGUUCAGCUUCUCUGCCAAGUAUUAUGCAAGGCCUUCUUGUCCAAAACCGACCGCCAAACCGUACAGUGCUUGACUGGCUUAAUCAAGGAUUCCGGAUUCCUCCGAACCAUCCUGCCCCAUUAUGUGAUGGGAAUGGGAUCCGAGUUUGACCACACUCGCCGGGAACAAUACCCCCAGCACUUGGACAACAUCAUGACCCUUCUCUCCAAGGUGCUCAGCAUCUUCCCAGCUAGCUCUAUAAAGGGCGUGUCCAUGAUAGUGGCCCUCUUCAGACCAGUCAUCAACAGCCUGCGAGCCGUGGGGGUGGACGUCCUGAAGCAGACGGAGGAGAACCUGGAUAGGAUCCAGGGCCUGGUCGAGCACCUCCAGGAGAGAGCCAGGGAGGGCACCCUGAGGUCUGAUAACUACUCCUUCAUAACCGCCCAGGAAGACGCCCCACCUGGGGAGGCCGACUUCAGGACCCUGCCCAUCUACCCCACCCCCAAAGAGUUCCACCAGGACCAGAGAUCCUACCUCAGGCCCAACCUCAUCUCCCAACGCUACGCCAGCGGACUGCUCUACCUGGACACGCACUUCCGGCUCAUGCGAGAGGACUUUGUGAGGCCUCUUCGAGAGGGCAUCCAGCAGCUGAUUCAGAGCCAGCAAGACCUGGGCAAUAAAGACAUCCCUUUGAGAAAGUGCCGCUUUGAUGAUAUCAGAGUGUACUUUGACACUCGACUGGUGGUACCAUUGUGCACCCCGUCUGGUUUGGCGUAUAAGGUCCAGUUUGACUCCCAUCCUCUUAAGUUUGUCCGCUGGCAAAACUCCAAGCGGCUGAUAUACGGCUCCCUGCUCUGCAUGUCCUGUGACAACUUUGACACCUUCCUGUUUGCUACUGUGUCGGACCGGGACCCCAAGGAGCUAGAGAAGGGCUUUGUCCAGCUCAGUUUCUUAGGGGAGAGCAGGCGAGCCCUGGCCGGUGUGGAGGCCCACCAAUCCUUCCUCAUGGUGGAGACCACAGCCUACUUUGAGGCCUACCGCUACGUCCUCGAAGGGCUGCAGGAGCUGGAGGUAGAGGAUCUGCCCUUUCAGAGGUAUAUAGUGGAAUGCAGCUCAGACGUCGAACCUCCUGCCUACCUGCCCAGGGCAGAUACGUAUGACCUGUCUGCUAUUGCGGUGCCUGAGUUUAAGAGCAGUAUCAAGAGCUUUCACACCCUGGAUCCUGAAGCCUGGCCCCCCAUGGAGCAGCUGGGAUUGGACGAGUCUCAGAUGAGAGCCCUUCAGAUCGCACUCACCAAGGAGCUGGCUAUCAUCCAGGGACCCCCAGGCACAGGGAAGACCUACACAGGACUAAAGAUCGCCCAGGCUCUGCUUACCAAUCAGGAGAUGGGGAGAGGUUUCACCUCCCCCAUGCUGGUGGUUUGUUACACCAACCACGCUCUGGACCAGUUCCUAGAAGGCAUCCACAAGUUUCUACCAGACGGUAUUGUGAGAGUGGGUGGGCAAAGCAACAGUGAGGUCCUGAAGCGUUUCACCCUGAGAGAGCUGAAAAGCUCCCAUUACUUCCGCCGCAACCUACCGCCACAUCUUCGCCGUGCCAACAGUGAGAUCUAUGAUGCAUUGCGGACAGAAGAGACUAAGAUCCAGACUCAGUCUGUGCAGCUGGAGUGCAGUCUUCGGGGCGUCCUAAGGGAGCAGUACCUCCAAAAGUUCAUCUCAGAGAAACACUGGGAUAGCCUGACGCUACAGCCAGCAUUGGAUGGCUUUGAGAGCUAUGGUGGGAAGAAGCCGUCUCUUGUUAUGGAGUGGCUGGGAUUAGGUUUCACUGUCUUCCAGCAGAGGACGCCACAUCCUCAAAAUUGCAAUGCAGAUGUGGAAAUGGACGAAGCUGAAGAGGAAGAGGACGACCUGAUCGAGAUUGCGGAGGAGGCAGACCUGAUCCAGGCGGAACGCUUUGUAGAAGCCUCAAACACGCAUCAUGGUCGGGAUGAAGAUCUUAGAAAGACGGAGGAGAUAGUCAGAGACAUGGCGGAACUGAUGCUGGCCAUGAACCUGGAGAACAUCGAGAUACAGGCAGAGCAGAGUGAAGAAGGCUGGGAGAUGCAGCGGGUACAGAAGAGGAAGAUGAAACAUCGUAUUAGGAGGGAGCUGGGCAGGCGCUCAGCCGUGAGUGAGGAUGAGGAGGACACCAUUCUGGAUGUGUGGGCUCUCAGUCUGCCAGACAGAUGGAGACUGUACCGGUUAUGGGUGAGGCGUUACCGGACAGAGCUGCGUACGCGAGCCCAGCAGGCGGAGCAGGACUAUCAGGACGCAGCCGAGCGUCUGGCUGAGAUUCGUCUCCGUGAGGACUUAUGUGUUCUGAAGGAUGCCAAGGUCAUCGGCAUGACGACUACGGGGGCUGCUAGAUGCCGCAAAGCUUUGCAGGAAGUGAGUCCCCGCCUGGUGAUCGUGGAAGAGGCGGCGGAGGUAUUGGAGGCCCACACCAUCACCACUCUGAGCCAGGCUUGCCAGCAUCUCAUCCUCAUUGGAGACCACCAACAGCUCCGGCCCAGUGCAACAGUGUUUGACCUGGCCAAGAACUUCAAUCUUGAAGUGUCCAUGUUUGAGAGGCUGAUCAAGAUGGACUUUCCGUAUGUCAGACUUAACUACCAGCAUCGCAUGAGGCCAGACAUUGCCCGUCUCAUAGUCCCUCACAUCUACUCUGAGCUGGAGAACCACCCCUCAGUGAUGGACUUUGAGAAUGUUAAGGGGCUUCAAUCAAACAUGUUCUUUGUGGAGCAUAAUUAUCAUGAAGAGGAGAUCAAGGAUGGAAAAAGUCACCAGAACCGCCACGAGGCCCUCUUUGUGGUAGCGCUGUGUCGCUACCUCUUGUUACAGGACUACCAGCCGUUCCAGAUCACCAUCCUCACCACUUACACAGGCCAACUCCACUGUCUGCGCAACCUCAUGCCAGCCAAAGAGUUCAAUGGGGUCAAAGUUCAUGUUGUUGACAAAUAUCAAGGGGAGGAGAAUGAUAUUGUCCUGCUGUCCCUGGUUCGAAGUAACAAACAGGGGAAGGUGGGUUUCUUGAACAUCCCCAACCGUGUCUGUGUAGCCCUGUCAAGGGCUAAGAAGGGCCUCUACUGCAUUGGAAACAUGGACAUGUUGGGAAAGGUCAAGCUCUGGAGCAACAUCCUGCACAUGUUGCGAGAGAAGGACCAAGUGGGCUCUGCAAUGACUUUGUGCUGCCAGAACCACCCUGAGCGACACAUUAAAGUGUCCUGCGGAGACGACUUCAAACAAGCUCCCGAGGGAGGCUGCAACCUGCCCUGCGAGUUCCGCUUGAACUGUGGUCACGUGUGCUCCAGUGCCUGCCACCCGUACGACCAAGAGCACAUAAAGUACACAUGCAACAAAAAGUGCCAGAAGGUCCUUUGUGAGCUGGGGCAUCGAUGCCAACGUCAGUGCUACCAGGAGUGCCCUACUGACUGCCUUAAGCAGGUAGAAAAGAUUGUACCACAGUGCCAGCACAAGCAGAUGGUGCCCUGUCACCAGGCUCCGGAGAAGUUUGUCUGCCUGGAGCCCUGUCAGCAGAAGCUCAUGUGUGGGCAUCCAUGUGCCUUGGUGUGUGGGGAGUCCUGCACCACCACCUGCAUGGUGAUGGUCACAUUGGAGCUCAAAUGUGGACACAAGCAAGAAGAUCCCUGUCAUUAUAAGAGCUCUACCAUACAGCCAGAAUGCAGGACACAUUGCACACAGAUGCUGAAGUGUGGCCACCCCUGUCCUGGUUCCUGCCAGAGGUGCCACCAGGGCCGCUUCCACAUGGGCUGUUUCCACCAAUGUGAUCGCCUCCUAGUCUGCUCCCAUAAGUGUCGGGAGCCCUGUACACGUGGAUGCCCACCCUGUCAAAUGCGCUGUGAGAAUCGCUGCAUCCAUAGUGUCUGUAUGAAGCCAUGCGGCCAGCCCUGUGCCCGCUGCAUAGAGCCUUGUGCCUGGAAGUGCCCUCAUCAGCGCUGCAGCAAGCUUUGCCAUGAGCCUUGUGACCGUCCACCAUGCACCCAACCCUGCACCAAAACCUUGACCUGUGGGCACCCAUGCAUCGGCCUGUGUGGAGACCCAUGCCCCAACAAGUGUCGUGUUUGCCACCACGAGGAGGUAACAGAGAUCUUCUUUGGUACGGAGGACGAUGUUGAGGCCUGUUUCAUUCAGCUAGAGGACUGCGGACACUUGUUUGAGUCCACGUCCAUGGACACAUACAUGGGAAUGGAUGAGAACCAGCAGGCUACCGGAAUAAAGUUGAAGGAGUGCCCCAAGUGUCGCACACCCAUCCGCAGGAAUCUCCGGUACGGGGCUCAUGUCAACCGGAGUCUGGUGGAAAUUGAAAAAGUGAAGGAGAAGAUUAAUGGAACACAGUCAGAUAUUGAGGCACAGAAGGUGGUCCUUAAGCAGCAAUGGAUUGACAAGGAGGACUUGCUAAGGUACCUACCUAUGGAGUACAUACAGAUCAGAGAUACACUGAGAGCCUCCGACCUCACAGCAAAUGAACUAUGGAUCACUGAGAACAAGAUGGCCUUACUUGAGAGACUGAACAAGCUGCUGAAGAUUCGUAGGGGACACAUGUCAAGCGUAGAAACCUUUUACUUUGACGAGAAGGUUCCAGAGUUCCUGAGGUGGCUGAUGGAUCAUCACCAAAAGUUCUCAGAGCAGCAGGCAUCUGAUCUGCAGAGAGAGCUACAGAGGCUCUCCUUUUUGGCGGAGCUUAACGCCCGCUGCAAGAUGGCUAAUGGAACAGGCCACGUCCACGUCCAGGCUGAGGUCAGAGCCAUGAGGAAGGUUCUGGAGAGAAUGCAGCCAUUCACUCAGCAAGACAAGGACUUGGUAAAGCAAGCACUUAAAGAACUGGAUAAAAAGCUACCAAGCACUGGCCUGGGGAUCACUGAUGAAGAAAGGAUGAUGAUUGUUAAAGCUAUCAACCUGAGUGUUGGACACUGGUACAAGUGUCCCAACAAUCACAUCUACGCCAUCGGAGAAUGUGGACGGGCCAUGGAGCAAAGCAACUGCCCAGAAUGCAACGCUACGAUUGGUGGAGCAAGCUAUGCUCUGGUGAGUGGCAACAGAGUGGCUUCAGAGAUGGAUGGGGCGCAAGAGUCCGAAGUCAAUAAUGUACUGAACUUUGAUCUGAUGCACCUUGAUGAUUAAAACCAGAUUGUUUUCAGUUUAAUUGUGACUUGUCAUAACUGAUGUGACAGUUAUCACAAUUGGUACUCCAGAAAGCAUAGCUGUAUUAAUUGAUAUAUUUAUUCUGAAAUUACAGUAAAUUAUUAAUUGAAUGUGAUGAAAUUAAUCUGCUUCGUGAAGUAUAAUACAUAUUAAUUUUUAUUUCGCAGAGGUGAGGUUUAAUAAUGUCACCCCAGAGUACAAUACUGCAAUUAUAUGUGACUUUUUGCUACUGUAUCUGUGUGAUCUUGAAAGUUGAAAAUUAACGAUUGAUUUUUUAAAAAUCAUUACACACGGUACAAUAAAGAAUUACGCAAACGA